AGCAGUUUUGGCCCAGCCGGCUCGGCGAGCGGUGGGCUUGGCAGCUGAGGGGCGGGGCUGCGCAGCGGAGCCGCGCCGCUCCCCCCGCGCGCGGCCCCUGCCGGGGCCCGCGCGCGGGCGGAUGCACCACGGGGCCGGGCUGCUGUCGCCCUCGACGCUGCUGUUCGGCGACGACGUCUUCCAGGAGCCCGACGAGAAGCCGGCGUGGCAGAGCGGCCUGGUGGAGCUGCUGGACAGCAGCGACGACGGGCAGACCGAUGUGCCGCCCGACCACAGCCUGGAGACGUCGCUUCAUGAGUCCGACGAGGACAGGCGCUCACCCGCCACCGCGGAGAUGCGGCGGGGCCGCCUGGGAGGGCUGACCCACGGGCCCAUCGCUAGAAGUCCUGCCUCCGCUGGCAGCGCCGGAGCGCCGGGCGCACCGCAGGGCGCCGCAGCGUGGAGGUCUCUCGGCUGCGACAGGCUCCCGGGCCUCGGCUCGCUGCUGGCAGCAGGGCCCGCGGGUGCGCAGCCGCCCCACGACCAGGAGGGCCCCUGGGCGGCGCACCGGCGCUUGCCCCCGGGGCUCACGCCCCAGGGCGGCGGCGGCGGCGGCGGCGGCUCCCAGCCUCCCGGCAGCGCCUGGGGCCCCUCGCAGGGGCUGCCUGGCGGGCCGGCGGCGACAGCCACGGCGCGGGCAUCCACGCCGUCGCUGCUGGCGAUGGUGAAGGACGGUGAUGAGUCCGGGUCGGAUGGCGAGGACGAUGAGGACGGGGACAGGUCGCACGGGGGUGACCAUGCGAAGGGGGCGUGCGGAGAGCAGCCCCAGCCCGGAUGCUUUCAGGCGGCCAGCGCAAUGGCUGGCUUCGGCCUCCCUGGCACCAGCGUUCUCAUGCCCGCCGCGGGGAACGAGGAAUUGGGUGCUUGGUUCUCGAAGUUGCCGUCCAUCGGGUCUGCGAACCACUUCGACGGCACGUGCGACCGGUGCUGCUUCCACCCAAAGGGCCGCUGCCUGAACGGCUGGAACUGCCAGCACUGCCACUUCGACCACGAGAAGCGCAAGCGGAAGAACAAGAAGAAGGGCAAGGGAAGGCUGGGCCUGGACGACUCGGCCGAGACGCUGUCCGCGUCGGCCGACGGCUCCUUGCCCGUGACGCCCUCGGAUGCCGCGCGCAACGCCUUCGGCGCCUCGCCCCUCGGCCUGGCCUCUGGCGACUUCGCCCCCCAGCUGCAGCAGCAGCAGCAGCAGUCCGCGUGUGCAGCGCCACAGGCUGACCCCUUCGGCGCCUUCCCGGCGCCUCCCGCGUACUUUGCCAGCGACGGCGGCGGCGCGUGGUUUGGGCAGGCGGACCCCCUGGCGGCCCGGCCGGUGCUGUCGGCCACGAGCGCCCUCCUCGGAACGGUGCCGUCGGCCGUUGGCCCCGCGGCGGGAUACGGCGACUUCGUGGGACACGCUGGGGCGCUCCCAGACGGCGUAGGCUUCUCCACCCGCAUGGAGCCGACCUUCGCCGAGGACCGCGACCGGAAGGACGAGUACAUCCGCCAGCUCGAGAUGGAGAACAGGUACCUGAGAGCCUACGUCGCGCAGCUCGUCGGCUCCAGCCCAGGAGCCGUGCUGCCCCCUGGAGAUCAUCCUGCUGCGGCUCCGGAGCAUCAGCAGGCUCUUCCAUCACCGACGCCGCCGCCUCCGGAAUCCUCUGCGCAGCCGCUGCCGCCCAGCACAAGCAGUGCCGGCGCCGCCCCUGCGUCGCAGAGCCUGUCGCCAGCUGCGGCGCCCUUCUGGCCUGCUGGCCAGAUGUCGGUGAUGUCAGCCGCCGCUCCCGCGGAAGAUGCGCCAGAGCAGUGAGCUGGGCCGGGCGCUGGGCGAGGGCCAUAGUCUAAGAGCUCCACAGUGGAGCCGCCCUCUCCUCCAUCACGCCACACAUCCACCACAUUCCCCGCUCUGGUCGCUCCGCCUCUGCGCUUGGUAGGCAAGCUCAGUUGUAGCCAGAGGGCCGGAGGUCCAUGCUGGGCAAGCCAUUUUAGGCAAGGCGCGGUAGGGAAGCCAUGGUAGGCAAACCAUGCUGCCAAAGCCCAUGUGUCUGCUUGGUAGGGAAGCCCAUGCUAGAUUGGAAAGCCCAUGCGGCGAAAUUGCCGCAUAUGGAAAUUGUGGAUGGAUAUAGACGCCACAGGGCCUGAACAA